AGGUCUAGACUCUAGAAGUAGAACCUCACUACGGAGUACAAAACUUCCAAACCCAAAAUUCAGAAUCAAAUCAUGCCAACACUUUCUUCUUUCUCUUACUACCUCCCGGCAUUAAUUUAAGAAACCCUAACUUUUUUUUUGUCCUAUUUCAAUUCCUUCGAUUCGUUAAUCAACAAUUCAAUCAAACUUUCUUUCUCCUCAAAAAAAAAAAAUCUUUCAUAGUCUAAAUUUUAUCAACAAUGGACAUCGAGCAGAAGCAAGCGGAUUUAAUCGAGCACUUUGUGAAGCAAGCGUCGUUAAACAAGGGUUCUUCCCUCGCUUCAAUCAUCAUCGAAGCUACUUCUAACCCUUCUCUCUUCGCUUUCUCCGAAAUUCUCGCUGUUCCCAAUGUCGCCGAGCUCCAAGGAACUGAACAUUCACUGUACCUUAAUCUUCUCCGCUUGUUUGCUCAUGGAACAUGGAGUGAUUACAAGAGCAGUGCUGGAUCUCUACCUCCACUGGUUGCUGACCAAAUACUCAAGUUAAAGCAACUCACCGUGCUUACUUUGGCCGAGACAAGUAAGGUACUACCAUAUGAUCAUUUGAUGCAGGAGCUAGAUGUUACAAAUGUGCGUGAACUGGAAGAUUUUCUUAUCAAUGAGUGCAUGUAUGCGGGCAUAGUUAGGGGAAAGCUUGAUCAGUUCCGAAGAUGCUUUCAGGUACUAUUUGCUGCUGGAAGGGAUCUUAGACCAGGGCAACUGAGUAGUAUGAUACAGACAAUGACUAACUGGCUGGCGACUUCAGACAACUUACUCCUUACAAUUCAAGAGAAGAUAAAAUGGGCCGAUGCCAUGAGUGAGGUGGACAAGAAACAUAAAAAAGAAGUUGAAGAUAGAGUGGAAGAAAUGAAGAAGACCGUAGUAUCUCACAAGUUACACACUGUAAGCAGGCCGAUAUGGAGUUCCGGGGCCACGAGGAGAUCUACUCUGAACCUGGCGGAGUGAUGGACUUUGAGGAAGAUAGAAUCCGACCUAAGAGGAGGCGGCAUCCACUACAUUGAACAGCAGGAGAUGAGAGUGGUUAUGAGGUGAUUAGUGGUUUUGGACAGUAGCAGACUGCACAGAAAUCUGCUUUCAGAGAUGAUACACCUUUGUUUUUGGACCAUUGUCACUGAUCUUUGACCUUUUGCAAACCUGACAACUAUACAAGCCUCUUGAAUCUGUGUCUAUUCAUUUUCAGUAGAGUAGGCGGUCUGUUUUGGUGUUGAGUAUUUCAUGGGUUGAUCAUGGGAUUGUAAUAGUUAUACUUUUAUUUUCGAGAUUUAGUGAAGAUUAAUAGUUAUUACA